AUGUUCAGACAGAUUUCGAUCCUAUUAACACUACUUCUCGCCUUGGUUGCGAUGGUCAAAUCGGCCGAUCCCCAUAUAAGAUCAUCGAAGCGGUCAUCGAAAUAUCCUCAACUUGCUAAAGCUGUCAUCUCGACUCCCGGGAUUCAAGCGACUUUCUGGUUCCAACUACGGGUCGAUAUCCCCAAACCCAAACCAGGCAAUGCAAGACCCAUUCCAGGGCUGGAGAACCAUCCGACGAUGUCGACUCGCGUUUGGAUUCAAUAUUCUGGAGUGCCUGCUGGACAAGAGUUUGCCUAUCACAUCCACAACAAGGCCGUCACUAAUAACGAUUGCAAAAGUGCCGGAGACCACUGGAACCCAACGCAAUCGAGCAUGAACAAUCCUAAGAGCCCCUGUGACCGCAAUAAACUAGGACAAUGUGAAUCUGGGGAUCUCUCGGGAAAACAUGGCAAGCUCAAAAAGAUCCCCGACGGCCAAUUGGUUACUUACUACGAUUCAAGCCUCAGAUUGAGCUACUCAUCCCGCGGAAUUCUCGGUAAAAGUGUGGUGAUUCACAACCCAGCAGGUGUUCGAAUCGGUUGUGGUUAG